CGCAUAAGGUGUAAAACCUGUCAUAGUGUUCUAUAUAAACGUAUCGAGUAUCGGGAUCAUUCUGUGUAUAUCCUUUUUAAAAAAUGGCCGCCAUUACUCUAUCGACUAGCGUGGGUUAAUCUCUCGCCAGUCGAAACUAUCUAUCCACUCCGCUAACCAUCAGCAGGGGUUUCAUUUGCAGUACCUGUGUGAAUCGAACAAUAUUAAUCGACCUGCAAAUCGAACCUAUAACAGCGCAAGUACUCUACCACUAAACCAUAUUAAUGAUCCGAUUAAUGACUGGUAGUUUCGUACGUUCAGAUAUAAGUUGUAUGACGGGACACUACGCCGACUGUUCAUUAGUAUCUGACGAGUCGUGGUGUGUGCACGUGGGUGAUACUAUUGGAAACUAUACUAUAUCGAGUGAAAAACCAGAAUGACAGCCGAUGUGGUGCAGCCGUUGCCUCUAGAAGAAGAAUAUAAGAAGAAGACCCGCAUCACGCCCGAGGACAUUAAGAAGUUUCGCCAAUGGCUCGAGACGCAGCCUCAUCUGCCGAGCGAUUACAUCACGGACAUGGACCUGAUCCUGACGUACCACUGCUGCAAUAGGAGCUCGGAGGUGUCCAAGCAAGUUUUAGACCUGAACUUCACGCUGCGCACUCUCUUCACUAAUCUAUUCAAAGACCGUCAUCCUGAUGAUAAGAUGAUGAAGGCCUUCAGUUAUUACCUCUUGCUGCCACUCGAAACGCGAGCUUAUGACGAAUCCAGUGUCAUCUACUGCCGACUCCUCGACUACGACGCGAAGAACUUCGUUUUCCACGAGGCUAUCAGAGCGGUGCUCAUGACCGUCGACUUAUGGCAGUACGAAGAAGGCACGUGGCCAGGGUUCGUGAUCAUCAUUGACUUGGAUAAAGUCACGCUGUCGCAUAUCACCAGGCUUGACGUACAGACGGUGCAGCAGUUCCUUUAUUACCUGCAGGAAGCCAUGCUGGUGAAGCUUAAAGGUCUGCACUUCCUCAACGCACCUUCAUUUAUGGAUCGUCUGAUGAUGAUCCUGCGGCCGUUCAUGAAGAAAGAGCUCCUAGAUAUGCUGUCCAUCCACCAGGUCGGCUCCAAAACCCUGGACAAAUUCGUGCCAAUGGAAGCUUUGCCUAAAGAGGCUGGGGGGCAGUACAAGGAUUUCCAUACAGCCCAAGCUGACAUACUAGCGAAAAUAAAAGGCAGUCCCUCAUUCUUCGCGGAAGAAAACAAGAAGAGAGUAAAAGAAACAGUUCGUCCGGGCAAACCGAAGACCAUCACCGACAUCUUCGGAGGUGUCGAAGGAUCCUUUAAGAAAUUGGAAAUUGAUUAAUUGACUGUUACAUUUGGGUAUUUGUAAAAUAUAAAUGUAUCCGCCAUAUUUCGGCUGUGUCUUCUUUUAUACAGAAACUAAAAAAUUUGUUUUAUCAAAUUACACAGCCUGUAUAAUUGUUUGGGUUAGUUGAAAAUUUCCUUCAAAGCUUUCCUAUAUUUUACUGCUUGUCUAUAAUGUGAAAUUUUAAGGGGUAUGAUAAUAUUAUUCAUACUUAUCUACUGCACUUAUUUUAUGUGUAAUAUUUAGAUGAUUUUUAUAAUUAUAAUAAUAAAAAAAUUAAGAAAUUUCGUAAGUGAGAUUAAUUUGAAAUAAUUUUGAUAACGACAGUAUGCAAUUUUUGACAUUUGAAUUUUUUUUGUAAAAUCUGUAUUAAAAUAUAUUUUUAUUUAAGUUAAAUUUGAAAAAUACGCAAAUGAAGAAGGUAUUUUUUUUUGUAUUGUUUUAGUUGUUAAUUGCUUAUUGUUAUGUGUAAUAAAAAGUGUUACAGUUU